AUGGUGCUGCAGCUGGUGAAUGAGGAAGGCUGUUCACCAGCACAGGAGCUGACUAAGGAGAGAGUGACCCCAGAGAGACUCGGCAAUGGGUCAAGCUGGGAGCUGCCCGACCUGCGAGAAGGAAGAGUAAAAGCCAUCAGCGAUUCGGAUGGUGUGAGCUACCCCUGGUAUGGAAACACCACAGAAACCGUGACCCUGGUCGGGCCCACGAACAAGAUCUCCAGGUUCUCGGUGAGCAUGAAUGACAAUUUCUACCCCAGUGUGACGUGGGCUGUCCCCGUGAGCAACAGUAACGUGCCGCUGCUGACCAGGAUUAAGAGGGACCAGAGCUUUACCACGUGGCUGGUGGCCAUGAACACCACCACCAAGGAAAAGAUCAUCUUGCAGACUAUAAAGUGGAGGAUGCGAGUGGACAUUGAGGUUGAUCCCAUGCAGCUGCUGGGGCAGCGGGCACGGCUGGUGGGAAGGACUCAGCAGGAGCAGCCCCGGAUCCUCAGCAGAAUGGAGCCCAUCCCACCAAACGCACUAGUGAAGCCCAACGCCAACGAUGCCCAAGUCCUCAUGUGGAGACCCAAGCGAGGGCAGCCUAUAGUUGUGAUACCUCCCAAGUAGAGCAGUGCCAGGCACGCACGUGAGGACCUGGGUGCUCUCAGCCUGCUGCAAACGAACAGGGUUUCUGAGCCAAAGCAGACCUCUUGGGUUCUCCUGCCUUUGUGGUUGUGGUUGGAAACAUGGCUCCUCCUGAGUCAGAAAUAGAGCCUGGCUGGCACGAGGGCACAGAAGAGGGCGUGCCCAGCUGGAGGAUUUCCCAGAAAGUGGAAUCGAGUGCUCGCAGGGGCUUGUGGCUGGCACAGAGGCUGUCUGACCUAAACGACUCGUCUUUCCUUGUAGGGCAGUGCAAGAAGCCAUGGGUGUGAUUGAACCGUGCCCUUGGUGAAUGCUGCUUUCCACCCAGCUGGAGAUAGAAGUGAAGACCUUGCCUGCUGGAUGCGAAGGGCUCCUGCAGUGCCCCUUCCUGCUGGGGCACCAGUCCCCAUGGUGUCCAUACCUAUGCAUUUCAGAUUGAGCAAGAACAAGGGAAGUCUGUGCUGCUGCCACCCACCCAGGAGCACGGGCACCCAUCCCAGCUGCAUGGCCACAGGAAACAAAGUAAAUUGUGCAGGAUGCCGUGGGGCCCAGCAGAGACAGACGAGGGACACUGCAGGUAG